GAGAAUCAUAUACAGAGACAUUAUCAUAGAAAAGUAUUAAGUAAUCAUCAAUAUGGGUUAUAGUAUGCAAGAUAACACAGGUAAGAUUCAUCUGAAGAUGGACUGGAAACCUAUUCUGCUUACCAAUUAUGUGAGCGGGCUGACGCGAGGCAGUUAUCGUUCUCCAAUCGAUGUUGUUCAUAUCAACUCAAAUAAAGCUACUGAUCUUAAAAAUGUGGAGGUACUUACUGGUGGCAAAUCAGAUCCAUAUGUCCGUGUUAUGUCAGGCCUACAAGUACGCGAACGAACAGAAGCAGUUCUCGAUAACCUAAAUCCGGUGUGCGAUAACGCACUCUACGUUCCUAUUCAUUCGAUGCGUGAAGACCUUACAUUGGAAGUUGUGGAUUAUAAUGAUGUUCAGAGUGAUAAGUUCUUGGGUAUGAUGGAAUUGAUUAUUAAAGAUAUUGUGCAGGAAAAGAAAAUUGAAGGUGAACAAAAUGUUUUUGAGCCUCGAGCCUCGUUCACCUGUCAAACGAAAUGUUGAUCUGAAGACGAAAGAAUGAAAAGUAGCUAAAGGCAAGCUUGAAUAUGAAGCAAGUUUCUUCGCUACGAUGGCACUGGCCAAGGCUUUUACUGUCAAUGAGAAUGAAGGAGAUGCCGAAGCCGAAGCCUAAAGUGCCGAUGUAAACGCUGAAGAUAAUGAAGAAGAGUCCAAUAUGGAUAGUAGCACUAAAAUUACACCAGAGGAAGCUCCAACACAUGACCUUCACGGCGAACCACUUCAAAUAACGGAGGAUGGGAAAAUUGAUCUGAUGGCUUAUACAGCAGAUGUAUUGAGUGUAAUGGUUCAUGAUGUUGUUUUACCUUCCAAGCUAAGGCGGUUGUUGAUGUUAUGUUAGAUUUGUAUGAUGCUC